UAUUUAUAUUUGAUUUUUUCAUUUGUCAACAUUUUCCUUAAAUUUUUCCGACCCCACAAAGUACAAACCCCUCCAUCACCAAGUUGUCAAAAUUAUUGGUAAAACUUAAAAGACUCAGGCUAGUUGGCUACAGUGCAUAUACUACUACUACUCUUUGCUAUCACAUUAUUUCACAUUCAUAGCGCAUUUGACACCACUAAGUAUCAGAAGCGUUGACGAAGUAAACAAAGUUAAUCAGUCCUUUUUGUCGAUCUUUCUUCCCACGCGACUUUAAAAAACUCGUGGGGACCCACAUGUUGGUGUUUCUCCUCUCUCUCGUCAAAAUGCCAAUGGCUUCAAACACCGUGAAAGAAAGGGGUCCUCCUAUAUCUCAAGUUUCUUAAUGAAUGCAACUAGACUCUGUUUCCUAAGCUAGAAGAAAGAAAAUGUGGUGAAACAGCAAGAAAUUAAUAAUAUGCGUACCUCUACCAAAAAAUACGAUGUAUUCAUUAGCUUCAGGGGAGAAGACACACGUGCACACUUUACUGCUCAGCUUCAUCAAGCUCUAACCAAUAGAAAUAUCAAAUCAUACAUUGAUUAUGAACUUGUAAAGGGAGAUGAGGUUGGACCUGCUCUUGCCAAAGCUAUCCAAGACUCCCAUAUGUCCCUCGUAGUUUUCUCAGAAAACUAUGCAACCUCAAAGUGGUGUUUGGAUGAACUCCUCCACAUACUCCAAUGCAGAGAACUUCAUGGUCAGGUAGUUAUACCCGUCUUCUGUAACAUAGAUCCAUCACAUGUACGUCAUCAGAAAGAGAGUUACCAGAUAGCAUUCGCUAAAUAUGAUAGAGAACUUGCCAACAGUAAAUCUCAUGCAGACAAAGUGUCCGAGUGGAAAGCUGCUCUCACUUUGGCCGCCAAUUUAUCUGGAUGGGACUCUCGCAAAUAUAGGGAUGAUUCUCAAGUCAUUGAGAACAUUGUGGAAGAUGUUUUGCAAAAGUUGUCUCUCAUGUAUCCUAAUGAACUGAAAGACGUUGUUAAAAUUGACGAAAAUAUUGAAUUAUUACUGAAAACAAUACCAAGAAUUGGAAUUUGGGGAAUGAGUGGAAUAGGAAAGACAACCAUAGCCAAACAGAUUUUUGCCAAGAACUUUGCCCAUUAUGACAAUGUAUGCUUCUUAGAAAAGGUGAGCGAAGAAUCACAAAAGGUAGGACCAAUUAUUGUUCGCAAUAAGCUUCUUAGUGAACUACUGAAGCGAGAAAUUACUGCAUCUGAUAUUCAUGGACUACGCAAAUUCAUCAAGAGGAGGCUCAGUGGUAAAAAAAGUUUCAUUGUACUUGAUGAUGUUGAUAAUGCUACACAAUUAGAUGAUUUGUGUGGAGUACUUGAUGACCUUGGACCAAACAGCAGACUCAUUAUCACAACUAGAGACAGGCAUAUGCUUAGUGGAAAAGUUGAUGAGAUAUAUGAGGUCACAACAUGGAAGCUUAAAGACUCUCUAAUGCUUUUUAGCUUAGGAGCCUUCAAGCAAAGCCAUCCUAGAAAGGGUUUCGAGUUUUUCUCGAAAAGGGCAGUUGAAUAUGCAGGAGGUGUUCCAUUAGCUUUAAAAGUUUUGGGUUCACAUUUUUGUUCCAGAAACGUUGAAUUCUGGGAAUCUGAGUUGAAUUAUUAUGAGAGCAAGGGGGGAGCCUUACAUGAAAUUCAACAAGUGCUAAGAGUGAGUUAUAAUGGAUUAUCAUGGCGAGAGAAGGAAAUGUUUCUAGACAUUGCAUUCUUUUUCAAAGGUGAAAACAAAGAUUUGGUGACAAGGAUACUAGAUGCCUUUGGUUUCAAUGCAACUAGUGGAAUAAUAAUCCUGGAAGAUAAAGCUCUUAUAAGCAUUUCAAACAACAAUAGAAUACAAAUGCACGACUUACUACAAAAAAUUGCAUUUGAUAUAGUUCAAGAAAAAUAUAAUGAUUCAGGAAAGCGCAGCCGACUGAGGGAUGCUAAAGACAUUUGUGAUGUACUUGGAAAUAACAAGGGGACUGAUGCAAUUGAAGGAAUAAUAUUUGAUUUGUCUCAACAAGUAGAUUUACAUGUUCGAGCUGACACAUUCAAUGUGAUGACUAAAUUAAGGUUUCUUAAAUUCCACAUCCCUCCAGGUAAGAAGAAAUUGGGCACUGUGCAUCUUCCUAAAGUCAUGAUGCCAUUUUUUGACAAAUUGACAUACCUUGAGUGGAAUGGAUAUCCCUUGAAGUCUCUUCCACAACCUUUUCGUGCUGAGCAGCUGAUUGAGAUUCAUUUGCCGCACAGCAAUGUUGAAUAUCUUUGGUACGGAAUGCAGGAACUUGUGAAUUUAGAGGCAGUCGACCUAAGUGAGUGCAAACACUUGAUCAACCUCCCUGAUUUGUCUGGGGCAUUAAAACUCAAACAGUUGCGCCUUUCAGGUUGUGAAAGUUUAUGUGAAGUUCAAGCUUCUGCUUUUUCUAAGGACACACUUCAUACAUUGCUACUGGAUAGGUGCACAAAAUUGCAAAGUCUUGUGAGUGAGAAGCAUUUAACAUCUCUAAUCAAGUUCAGUGUCAAUGGCUGCUUAAGUCUGAAGGAAUUUUCAUUAUCCUCGGAUUCAAUAAAAAAGUUGGAUUUGAGCAAUACAGGAAUUGAAAUAUUGCACUCAUCAAUCGGGGGCAUGGACAAGCUUAUGUGGUUGAACCUUGAAGGUUUAAAUCUAACAAAUCUACCGAAUGAAUUGUCUCGCUUGAGAUCACUUACUCAACUCCGUGUUUCUAUGUGCAGUGUAGUAACUAAAUCAAAGUUAGAAGCCAUUUUUGAUGGUCUGGAAUCAUUAACAUUACUACACUUGAAAGACUGUUGUAACUUGUUUGAACUCCCUGCAAACAUUAGUUCCUUAACAUCAUUGUAUGAAUUAAGACUAGAUGGAAGCAGUGUGGAGAAGUUGCCUGCUAGCAUCAAGUACCUCUCAGGGCUAGAAGUUCAGUCUUUAGACAACUGCAGUAAGCUUCGUUGUCUGCCAGAACUUCCUUCAAGCAUCAAAGAGUUUCAAGCCAACAACUGCACCUCGCUAGUGACAGUAUCCACUUUGAAGACUUUUUCAAUAAGCAUGAUUGGAAAGAAAAAAUACAUUUCAUUUAAGAAUAGCAUUAAGAUGGAAUUGGAUGGGCCCUCCCUUGACCGCAUUACAGAAGAUGCCAUAUUAAUGAUGAGAAGUGCUGCCUUUCACAAUGUAUUGGUGAGGAAGUACAGAUUCCAAACCCACAGCUUCAAUUAUAACAGUGCCGAGGUUUGUUUGCCAGGACGCAAAGUUCCAACUCAGUUCAAACACCGAUCAACAACAUAUUCCUCCGUAACUAUCGAUGUUUCCAAUUCAUUGGGAUUCAUUUUUUCAGUCGUUGUUUCUCCAUACAACAGAACACAACAUCGUGGAUACUUUGUUGAAAUCCUAUGUCAAGGUUAUUCAGAAGAUGGAAAGAGGAGGGUGGGAUAUAGGUCUUGGUGUAAUCAUAAACCGUUUACAAAGUUGAACAUGGAUCAUGUUUUUGUAUGGUAUGAUCCAUACCAUUCUGACAGUAUACUCAGGAGUAUUGAAAGAAAUAUUUCUUUUGAGUUCAGCGUUUCAACUUAUACAAGUAGCAGGAGAGAACUUGGUGGCCUUUUAAGUAUCAAAGAGUGCGGGAUCUGUCCAAUUUACUACUCAGAAAGUCAGAGGGUUUUAAGCACAGGGAAUUUAGACAAGGACUUAAGAUUAGAGUUGUCUGAGGCAAUUCAAUUUGAGUCAAGAUCAGUUAAAGGCUAUGAUGAGGGAGAAGGCACUGACAUUGAAUCAUUUGAAAUAGGUGAUAACAAGGAAGACACUGGCAUACUGAACCGACAAUUUGACUUGAAUGAACAUUGUCAUAGUUCAUACGAAUGUUUGAUUGUCUCUAAUGAUACUCAGGUAUACGACAAGCCUCAAAAGAAAGAAAAUUGGGACUAUGAUGAUAAUUCGAAAGAAAUGAUGAAAUUUAAGAUUCUUCCUGAGAGUACUUCUACAAAGUCUGGAGAGGAAAUCGGAACUUCUUCCCACAAACAAGAACAAUUCGAGAAGGAAGAGGAUUCUACUGGAGAAGGUUCUGAUGUAGAAUCACCUUUCAAUAAAGAAAUUAAGGAAACUAAGAAUCUUCAACAAUCACCACUAUCAUUAGUGAACAAUCUAGAGAUUCCAUUUGAUUCUUAUACUAAUUUUCUACAACUACAAGAAGCUCCUAAGAAACUAAAUCCAAACUCCCCAAUGGCAUCUGAGAGUUCUUCAAGUAAACCCUCUGCUUCAAAGGGUUCAAUAAGAAGAACUGAAGAGGACUCUUCAAAAUUGAGUACUCCUGCAGAACAUUCUCCUGUUGAUUAUUCUGAAUAUAAGAGAAUCCUUGAAGAAGACCCUUUGGCAAUUAUGGAGAAACUCUUAUCUGGUGAACUCAGCAGUUCAUCACAACCUUCUCAAUCUACAAUACAAGCAGAAGCUACUGAAACUCAGAGUGAGUCCAUUGAGAUGCUACUUAACCGAUUAAGGCAAUUGGCAUUUUCAAGGAACUUAUUGAAACAUUUACCUAAUGAUGUGACCCUUGAAAAAGAGGUAAAAGCUUUACUAGUUAAGCUCAAUCAUAGAGCUAAUGAGCUUUCUGAGAAACAAAGUUCUGGUAUUACUGAUUUCACCAGAAUCUUUAUAGAAGCCACAGUCAAUAUUGAUGAAGGAAAACUUAGUAAUGAUACUCUUCAACAACUUAAAGUGGACCAUAAAGAUGCAAUAUGCAAGCUUCAAGCAUCCAAGGAUAAGAUAAUAAAGUUCGAAGAGUCCAUCACUGUUGGUGAGGAUAACAUUAAGGACAUGGAUGUUCAAAUUGAAGAUAUUAAAGUGCAAAUUCGUUUGCUAGAGGAAAAAGCAUUUAAGGUUCAGCAAGAGAAGUCGAAGUUAGAGGAUGCUUGCUCGAAAUGUAAAGAGAAAAGACGUGAAAUGGUGGAAGAAGCUAAGAAUAUAGCCUCUAAGACCAUACAAGCCUGUGAGAAGAUUGAUCAUGUCAAAAAGAAGAAGUGGGAGUUGGAUUCAAAUUUUGAAAUGCUUGAAGGACAUUAUGCCAUAAUGAGAUUAUUGCCUCCGUUUGUAUCUAGGAAAACUCCAGUAGUGAUAGAUCUCACAGCCGAAACACAUUGCACCAAGGAGGAGGAACUUAAAAAUUUGCCAAUCAAUCAGCUACAUGAUCCUUGGAGACGGACGGAGACAGUUUUCUGGUGGCAGUGUGCGGUACCUGCAAACAUUCUGUCCAAAAUGUCUUACUCUAAGAAAAAGCACGAUGUAUUUCUUAGCUUUAGAGGCGAGGACACUCGUAUUGGUUUCACUAAGGAUCUUUAUGAGGCUUUGAGACAUAAAUCAAUCAACACAUACAUAGAUUACCUGCUAAAGAGAGGAGAAGAUGUUUGGCCAUCACUUGCCAAAGCAAUUGAGGACUCACAUGUUUCCAUCAUUGUUUUCUCAGAAAACUAUGCUUCCUCAAAAUGGUGCUUGGAAGAGCUUGUUAAAAUACUUGAAUGUAGAAGAAAAGUUCACGGUCAGGUUGUUAUACCUGUUUUCUAUAAAACAGAUCCGUCUCAUAUAAGAAAUCAGAGUGGAAGUUAUGAAAAAGCAUUUGCUAAACAUGAAAGAGAUCUUGGAGAGAAUGAUGUUGAUUCCAAACAGAAAGUGCUUAACUGGAAAGCCGCUCUCACUGAAGCAGCCAAUAUAUCUGGAUGGGAUUCUCAAACACACAAGGUUGAGUCGGACCUGAUCGAAAACAUUGUCAACGAUGUAUUGCAAAAGAUACAGCUGAAGUACCCUAAUGAACUAGAAGGUAUUGUUGGAAAUGAAAAAGACUGUCUUAGCGUAGAAUCAUUAAUCCAACGCGUUCAAAUACUCGGAAUUUGGGGUAUGGGCGGAAUGGGAAAGUCAACCAUUGCUAAAGUCUUGUUUGCCAAACUCUUUGCCCAAUAUGACUUUGUCCUCUUUGCUAAUGCAAAAGAAUAUUCACUUAGUAAGCUUCUCUCUGAGCUGCUAAAGGAAGAAAUUUCCCCAUCUAAUGUUGUAGCAUCUACAUUCCAUAUGAGGAGGCUAAGAAGUAACAAGCUUUUCAUUGUGCUUGAUAAUGUGGAGAGUUUAGAUCAGUUUCAAUAUUUAUGUAGGGAUUAUGGUGAGCUAAGUAAGAGUAGUAGACUCAUUAUAACAACAAGAGACAGACAAUUGCUCAGUGGAAGAGUUCACUGUAUAUAUGAGGUCAAGCAAUGGGAAGAUAAAGAAUCUCUAGAGCUUUUUAGCAUAGAAGCCUUCAAACAAAGCCAUCCUGAAAAGGGUUUUGAGGAGCUCUCUCAAAGGGCAAUUGCUUAUGCGGGAGGAGUUCCUAUGGCUUUGAAAGUUUUGGGUUCAAAUCUCCGUUCCAAAGAUACUGUUUUUUGGAAAAGUACUUUCAGAAAACUCGAUAUGUUUCCGAAAGAGGAAAUUCAAAAAGUUUUAAAAGUGAGCUAUGAUGGAUUAGAUCCACUAGAGAAGAAGAUAUUUCUGGACAUUGCAUUUUUUUUCAAAGGAGAGAAGAAAGAUCAUGUCAUAAGGAUACUAGAUGCCUGCGGCUUGGAAGCAAGCAGUGGAAUAGAAGUCCUUGAAGACAAAGCUUUGAUAACUAUUUCAAAUGACAGUAAAAUACAAAUGCAUGACUUGCUAAAAAAAAUGGGUUCGGACAUAAUACGGAAAGAAUGUGGCUUAAACCCUGCAACACAUAUUCGACUGAGCGGGAGUGAAGCUCUUGAAGUAAUUAAACAAAACAAGGGGACUAGUUCAAUUGAAGGCAUAACAUUGGAUUUGUCUCAAAAUAAUGAUUUUCCUUUAUGUUCUGACACAUUCACCAAGAUGAAAGCCUUAAGAAUUUUAAAAUUCUAUAUCCCAUUGGGUCAGAGUUGUAAUAAUGCAUACCUCAACCUUCCCAUAGUUCUUGAGCCAUUUUCUAACGAACUGAGGUAUUUUGAGUGGAUUGGAUACCCUUUUGAGGCUCUUCCACAACAUUUUUGCGCCAAGUUUCUCGUUGAGAUUCGUAUGCCUCACAGCAAUGUUCAACGACUAUGGCAGGGGAUGCAGGAACUUGAUACGCUAGAGGGGAUUGACCUAAGUGAAUGCAGACAUUUUGUACAGCUUCCGGAUUUGUCUAAGGCAUCAAGACUUAAAUGGGUUAAUCUCUCUGGUUGUGUGAGUCUGGUAGAUCUCCACCCAUCUGUUUUAGGCGCCGAAACACUUACUAGUUUGAUACUUGAUAGGUGUACAAAACUUAGGAGCGUUAAAGGUUGGAAACAUUUAUUUUUUUUGGAAAAGAUCAGUAUAAUUGGCUGCACAAAUCUCAAGGAAUUUGCAGUCUCCUCAGAUUUAAUUGAAAACUUGGAUUUAAGCAGUACAGGAAUCCAAAAACUAGACCUAUCAGUCGGGGUUCCGCACAAUCUUAAGCGGCUUAAUCUAGAGGAUUCAAGACUUGAGCAUCUUCCAAAGGAGUUACCUAGUCUGAAAUAUAUUAAGGAGCUGAAGAUUUCUGGCAGUGGACUAACAGUUAACAAACAACAGCUACAUGCCUUGUUUGAUGGCUUAAGAUCCCUACAAAUACUACAUUUGAAGGAUUGUAAUAAAGUGUUUGAACUCCCCGACAACAUCAGUGUCCUAUCAGAAUUACAGGAAUUAAUGCUAGUUGGUAGCAAUGUGAUUAGGUUGCCUGAAAGCAUCAAGCAUCUUCAACAGCUGGAAAUUCUGUCUUUGGAGAAUUGCAGGGAGAUUCAGUACCUUCCAGAGCUUCCCCCUCUCAUCAAACUGUUAAAUGCCGUUAACUGCAUGUCACUGGUUUCAGUGUCAAAUCUAAAAACCAUAGCAACAAAGAUGAUGGGAAAUGCCAAAUACAUUUCAUUCAGGAACUGUUUGAAUUUGAAUGGACAUUCACUUGACCUUAUAAUGGAAAGUCUCAAUUUAACAAUGAUGAGUGCCACGUUUCAAAAUGUGUCUGUAAGAAGACUUCGUGUGGCUGUUCACAGCUACAACUAUACCAGUGUUGAAGCUUGUCUACCAGGAAGAAGGGUUCCAAGGCAGUUCAGAUAUCAAACUACCACCGAGUCAUUCAUUACCAUUGAACUUCCUAACCAUUCUAAUUUGCUGGGAUUCAUUUACUCAGUGGUUGUUUCUCCAGCAGAUGGAAUGAAGAAAGAUGGAGCUAGAAUAAAGUGUCAAUGCAACUUGGGAGAAGAAGGUAUAAAGGCUACAUGGCUAAAUACUUAUGUCACGGAACUGAACUCAGAUCAUGUUUAUCUGUGGUAUGAUCCAUUCCAUUGUGACAGCAUUCUCAAAUUUUAUGAACCAAAGCUUUGUUUUGAGUUCUGUAUUACAAACGAUGCGGGGGAAGUUGAUGGUUCAAUCUGUAUUAAAGAGUGUGGGGUACGACCUGUAUGCGUUGAUGAACUACAGAGUGUUUUACAGGAAUUGGAAUUGGAUUCUGAAAAGAAAAAUGAGUUGAAGAAGGCAAUGGAAUUAGAAUCAGGACAUAGGAUAAUCUUGAAGUCAAUUGAAAAGCGUUCCACAAACAUUAUAGAAGAAUCAGACUCAGAGAGCAGUGCUGGAAAAGGUCAACAACAUAAUACCACAAAGCCUACAAAAGGAUUCAGUCGCUUCUUUUCUAUUGACAAACUUCUUCAUUCAUCUUUCCUGAAAGUUUCAAAAUCACAAACCAAGUCCAGUGCUGUAAGAGGUAGCAAGGAGAAUGCCAAAAACUCUACAGAAGUUGUUGUGCAGGUCAAAAGCAAAGGAAAUAAAGAAACACUAGUUGAACCUGAUGAUACAUUGCCUGAAUUUGUUGGGUCACAGUCAGAUAAAACAAAUGAAUCUAAGGAAAAAUCAAAACCAAAAUCAGCAAUUUUUAAACUAGAGUCGGUUGAAGAAGAUAUUGAGAAUGAAAGCCACUUAAAUGUGGAAAUGAGCACCGGAUCUUCUAGCAAGGAAACUGGAACAAGUCAUGAGGAGAGUAUUACAAACUCUGCAGAAGUUUUCAAAAGAAAAGGAAAUGUAGCAAGACCAACCGAAUCUGACGUUGGAUUGCAUCUACCAGUAAUGUCAGUUGUUGAAGAAAAUGCUUCUGAUAACAAGUCAAAUGAAAACAACUAUGAUUUGCAAGACAGUUUUGAUGAGACCAAGAACAAAGAAGAAAAACCAAAUAUACAAGGAGGACAAAUCAUUGUUCCUAACACCAAUGAUAUGAUAAAUGAACCAGACCAAGAAAAAGAAGAUGUACCAAUAAUGGAUCUUAGCAAACCUGAAGGUGAAGAAGAUAGAUCAGAUGAGGAUUCUUUUGUUAAACUUGAGAGCAUCCUGUUUGGAAGUGCAGAGUCUUCACCAGAAGCAACCUCUUCCACAAGCGAUGUUGCUGUAAAAGCAGCUUUGCAUAACCUCCAAUGCCUAUUGGAAAACUCACUCGAAUCCAUUCUCAGUGACGUGGAACUACAACGGAAAUUACACAUAUCUUUGGAAUGCAUAAAACAAGCAUCCCAUGAAAAAGUUUCUCCUAAUGUUGCGAAGCUUGUCGAAAACAUGACAUCCUCGAUUAAGGACCUUUUUAAAGACUUCACCUUGAAUAAAAAAGUGGUUGAAGAUCACAUUAGCCGCUUGCAGCAAAGAGAAAAGCUCAUGCAGCGAGUGAGAGAUGGUAAGAAACAGAAGGACUUGUUGAAGAAAGAAAAGAGUCAGUGUGAGGACGAAAAUGAGCGUCUUGAGGAAGAGGGUAAAAAACUGGAUGAAAAAAUUCGAAUUCUUAUUGAACAAAAGAAAGGUAUUGAGGUGGAAAAGUCCAAGUUGAAGGAGAGCAUGGAAAUAUGUGAAGGUGAAAAGAAGAAAUUGGAAGAUGAAGCUAAGAAUAUGAUAACUGAAAGCAAAGAACUGAUGUCAAGUAUUAAGAAUUCUAAAUCUUUGUAUGCUGCUGCCCUGUCAAAGCAGCAGAAGUUGAAGGACAAAUGGGAAGGUUUUAGAACAGCUUUUGCAGACAACUAUGGAAGCAACUGAGUAGAUAGAUCAUAGAUAGCAUGCAUCAAGCUGAUUCCUUGAGUGGAAAGGAUACCCUAUGAAGUAUGAAGUCUCUUCCACAACCUUUUUUGUUUUGAGCUUCUUGUUGAGGUUAGCUUGCCGCACAGCCGUGUAGAACAUCUCUGGCAUGGGACUGAGAGGAGAAAUACAUUUCAUUCAAGAAUGGAAGGAAAAUGGAAUCAGAUGAACUUUCAUUCGACCGCGUCAUCGAAGACAUGGUACUGAUAAUGAAGAAUGCAGCAUUUCACAAUGUUUUACAAUUUAUGAUAGUGUUGUGGUGUGUUUACCAGGAAGCUAAGUUCUAAUGCAGUUCAUAUACAGAACAAAAGGAUUCCUUAGUGGAUUUCUUGACAUAUGUUACGAACCACAUACACCUCAUACGGGUCCCAGUGUCCGAUACGCAUCAGUGUCCAACACUUGUAUAGACACUCGUACAACACGUGUCAGAUUACUCAGACAAGUGUCCCCAAAAAAACUUGUUUUUUGUUUGUUUUGACACACCUUACACACUUCUCAAGACCCUUCUACAGGGGUUAAAGACGUAUCGAAAUAGAGAUGAUUAAUAAAAGGUUGAAGAUAUUAAAUUUGAUUACAUCAUUUUUAA